GGGCGUGCUUUCAAAAUUUUUAAGUCCCAAAGGUGAACAUCUGAGGCUAAGGCACAAAGGCGUAGAUACAAAAACAAAUAUAGUUAUUAAACAUACACUCACUGAGACAAGUUGUAACUAUCCUACUGUAAAAAAUGAGAUGAGGUCAUAAUAUAGGACGUAAUAGGCCAAUGUAAACACUAAAACAGAGAUUUUAAUUGAAAAAAAGCUAGUAUAUGAUUAUCUAAAUUAUCCAUCUAGUAGAUUUAGAUAUCAUUUGUAACCGAAACUAUUAUCUGUAUUGUUACGUCGAAGAUACCAAUUCUGCCUUUUGUUCGACUAGGUAAACAAAUUCAACGCAAAUAUUUCAUGAGGUCACAAUGUAGACCUACAGCCGUACAGUGCACGUUCAUAUCAUUAGUCUACAUGUUUCUCAUAUAGACAUCGACUAGGACAUUUAGGCUUACACUCCAGAAGGUUUUCAAAAGAUAAUAUAAUUGCUUUAUAUGGUAAAAUAUAGACAGCUAAGGAUUGAUAAUGCCACCAACGGGAAAAGAGGCAGCUUUGUUAGGAGUUGGAGGAGUAGUAGGAGUUUCAUUAGCUGCCUGGAAAACACUGUUCCCAUGGAUUGGCUAUGAUUUACCAAUAUUGAAACUAGGAAGAACAUAUGGAAAGAAAGCAAUGGCAGAUGCACUUAAUGGACACUUUCUUAUUGAUCUUUUUGAAAUCUCUGCAAAAGCUAAUCCUAAAAAGCCAUUUCUAAUAUUUCAAGAUAGAAUUUUUACCUAUGAGUUUAUGAAUGAACAAGCAUGUAGAGUUGCCAAUAUAGCCUUACAGAUGGGAUUAAAGCUUGGAGAUACUGUUGCUAUUCUUGUAUCAAAUGAACCAGCAUUUGUUUGGACAUUUCUAGGUAUGCAGAAAAUUGGAGUUGCAGUUGCUUUGCUGAACACAAAUAACAAACAUAAGCCACUACUACAUUCCAUAGAAAUCAGUGAAGCUAAAGUAGUGAUUGUUGGUCAAGGAAGUGAGCUGUUUCAUAAUGUUGACGAUAUAAAACAGGAACUGCCCAUCCCCGUCUAUCUGAUGGGAACAGGAAUAGGAGAAGCACCAACAGGGUACCAGUCAUGGGAUCAGUUGAUGUUAUCUGCUCCCCAUGCAGAAAUUAGCCGUACCAUGAGAACAGGGAUGAAUCCAUUGACUCCCUGCUGUUACAUCUACACCUCAGGAACAACAGGUCUACCCAAGCCAGCUAUUAUAAACCAAACCAAAGCUUUAGGAAUGAGCAAGUUUUUAUACCUUGGUGGACUGGAACAUGAUGAUAUAGUGUAUACUGUAACCCCUCUCUACCACAGUGCUGCUAUUUUAGCCUUGUUUUCAACUAUAGAUUGUGGUAAUACAAUUUUACUACGGACAAAGUUUUCUGCUCAUCAUUAUUUUGAGGACUGCAGAAGACACAAUGUCACAGUCAUUCAAUAUAUUGGAGAACUCUGUCGAUAUCUACUAGCUGUACCUGAGCAUCCAAAAGAUAAAGAACAUAAGAUAAAGGUAGCUGUAGGUAACGGACUUAGAAAAGACAUUUGGGAGAAGUUUCGGGAUAGAUUUAAUAUACCGAAAAUUGUAGAAUUUUUUGGUGCCUCAGAAGGAACAUCUGCCACAUUUAAUGUUAACGGCAGGGUUGGUGCUUGUGGAAGACUUUCUCCACUUCUUCAAAAACUACAUCCCACAGGAAUGGCUAUUAUCAAAUAUGAUCCCUUGAAAGAUGCUCCAUAUAGAGAUAAGAAUAACAGAUGUCUUUCUGUGGAAUUUGGUGAACCAGGAUUGUUUAUAGCAGGAAUACCAGAAUUUUAUAAAGAUGGAUUUUACAAAGGUCCUAAAGAAGUGAAUGAGAAGAAAGUCCUAAGAAAUGUGUUCAAAGAUGGUGACUCUUUCUUUAACUUUGGUGAUUUGAUGUACAUGGACAAAGAUUACUUUAUUUACUUUCAAGACAGAGUUGGGGACACAUUCAGAUGGAAAGGAGAGAAUGUGUCAACCAAUGAAGUAGCCAAUAUUUUAACUUCCAUGGACUUCAUUCAUGAUGCUAAUGUUUAUGGUGUAAAUGUUCCAGGUCAAGAUGGAAGAGCAGGAAUGGCAGCAUUGCAUUUAAAUGAAAGUGAGAAGUUGACUGAAGAAAGACUGAAGCAUAUUUAUGAUCAUUGUUUAAAAAAUCUACCAAGUUAUGCCAGACCAUUAUUCCUACGAUUGGAGGAACAAACAAGAGUUACAGUGACCUUUAAACAACACAAGGUUGACCUUGUCAAAGAAGGAUUUGACCCCAGGGUCAUAUCUGAUCCUCUGUAUUAUUUAUCAAAUGAAGCUAAGAGUUAUGUCCCUUUAGAUGCGAGCUCUUUUGGAAGUGUACUCAAAUCAAGACUUUGAUUUAUAAUUACUGAAUUUGUACAAAGGUUGUUAUUAGUUUGCUAUUAAACAGGAAAUAUACUAUUUUGAAUAUAAGGCUGUACAAUGAAUUAUCCCUAAUUAAGGGGAAAUAGAGGUGUUAUCAGUAUUUUAUGAAAAGAAAUGAAUUGUGUUGUUGAUUAAUUUACAUAUAAAGUUUACACUUUAAAUAUGUAUUAUUUUUAUAUUUUAUUCAAAGGUCCUCAAUGCUGAAUCAGGUCAAGAAAUCAUUAAUCCAAUAUUAAUAAAUAUUUGAUAUAUAGCUGUUUUUUAUGCGCAUAAUUGUCAGAGAAUUGGGUAUUGUAAAUGCUAGUCAUUUAAAAAAAAAUUAUCAAUUUAAGAUUUAUAUAUAACAUUGUCUUGUCUAUACUAACUCCAUUUGAGGAGAAACCAAAUAAUUUUAUAUAUUUUAUAAAUUUAUGAAGCAUUAUAUUUAAUCUUUAUUGAAGACAAAACUUAUUAAAAAUUGUUAGAUAUUCCAAAAUAUUUGUAUGGUUAUAUAAGAUUCGUCUAUUCGUUUGUUUUAAAUGUGGGCCUCAUUACAUUAUAGUUAUCUGGUUGUGAAACAUAUUUACCUCAUACUUUACUUUUCUUUUAUUACUAUAUAGAAAAUGAAUUCUGUAUUUAAAGUCUUGUUUAAGAUAUAAGCAGCAUUAUGUGUAUGACUUACCAUGAUAGACAGAUAAGUUUUAGAACAAUCAAUAUUAAAACAUACUACUCAUCAACUAAGUUUUGCAAGCAAUUUAUAUAUGUGAUUUAGGGAGUUGUAAAAUAAGAGAUAUAAAUUGGCUCAAAUACAGAAAACUUUGAUUUUCUCUUAUACCAAUACAUCAACAAAAGUUUUAAAAAUCUCUAGAAAGUGACCUUUAUAUAUCUAUUUUGGUGAAUUUGUGUUGUAAAAUUGCUGCCUUUUUUGUUUUCAUCCAUAAAGGGAUAAAUUUCCUUUCUAAUGGGAAGUAAUAGGUCCUUUCUAUAAUCCCAAGAAAGAGCAGAGCAGAUAUCUUCAGGAUUUGAAAAAAAAAAUAACACUAAUCUUUGUAGUGAUAGUUGUUAUUAAACUAGAUUAACACCUUCAAAUCAACAAUGGUGCUAUAUUAUCUUUUACUUUCAUAUGUUUUUUUAAAUUCUAUAUAUUCAAGCAUGAAAAUAUUAUGUAUAAAGCAUUAUACUUUAAGUGACUGUGUUGAGGGCUUUACUAUAUUGUGAUUAUUUUGUAAUUCGUUGAUUUUUACAGAUUAUUUAGAAUAAAUUUAAACAAAAA